ACAAACAAAACUUGGAUAUAGCUCUAAUCCAAGAACCGUGGGUACGUGACAGAGUCAUUGAGGGACUCCAAGAUGUUAAUGUUCACUACCACCGAUCUCGUUGCGAUCUGGACCAAGGUGCCAACAGACAAAGGCGAGCACGAGGUAAUCAUUGCCUCUGCCUACCUUCCAGGAGAUGAGGAAACUGCUCCAACAAGGGAACUUGUAGCCCUAGUCAACUACUGCAAGGAGAACCACCUACGCUGGAUAAUAGGAUGCGAUGCGAAUGCCCAUCAUACGAUAUGGGGCAGCACAAACAUCAAUGCGAGAGGUGAGUGCCUUCUUGAAUUCUUACUUAGAUAUAAUGUAUCAAUAGUAAACCGAGGCAAUGAACCAACAUUUAGGAAUGCAAUAAGGGAGGAAGUACUUGAUCUUACCAUAUGCAGUCCAAAUGUACUAUCAGAAGUCUCAAAUUGGCAUGUGUCCGGGGAAGCAUCAAUGUCGGACCACAGUCUUAUCAGUGAACGAUCUAGUGCACGGCGAAAACUGGACAACGAUAAGCUGCAAUCACAACGGAUAGAUGAGGCGUACACCGCUCAACUCUCACAGUUGCUUCUGCAACCUGACUCUCUACCCGCGACGAAAGCGGUCUCUGGGCGCACAUAUCCCGUUCCUUGCACACUGCCGCUGAACGAUCAAUUGGUUACAAGCGCCCGACACUAA